UCCCACCAAGGCAGCAUCGGGGACCGGGCUUAGAACUUUCCGUUCUGCUGAAGGAGCUGAGCCCAACCCGGGUCCUGCGUGGUACUUACCCUGGAUCCCACCCAGCUCACCGCGUCCUCGCUCCCCGUGCCACCGGUUGGAACUCGGGAUGCCGGGCGUCUCCGCCCGGAGCCUCUCCCUCGAGGAGCGGAGGCAGCUAGCUGUGAACCUCACCCGUGUCCUGGCACUGUACCGUUCCAUUCUGGACGCCUACAUCAUCGAGUUUUUCACAGACAACCUGUGGGGCACACUCCCUUGCUCGUGGCAGAAAGCGCUGGAUGGACUGGAGCCACCUGAGCUGGCCUCACAGCUCCUGGGGAUGCCUGGAGAAGGGGAGGUGGUCAGGUACAGGUCGGUGUGGCCACUCACUCUGCUGGCCCUGAAGUCCACAGCCUACGCCCUGACUUUUACCCGGACACCCAGCUUUCAGACGCCCUCUGAGUUCCUAGAGAACCCCAGCCAGAGCUCCAGACUGACAGCUCCCUUCCGGAAACAUGUCAGGCCUAAGAAGCAGCAUGAGAUCCGCAGGCUGGGAGAGACCUUUGUGUCUCUUGUGGCUCCCUCUGUCCAUCUUCCUCCACCAUCUUUGGCUCCUGUACUCUCAUGGAUGUUUGCUCCAGGAAUGAAGAGCCAGUGGCCAAGAGACCCUUACUCCCUCCUCUUUCAGUUGGUGAAGAAGCUGAGUAACCUCACUGGCUGCACUCAGGUUGUGGAUGUGGGUUCGGGCCAGGGACAUCUUUCCCGUUUCAUGUCUCUGGGGCUGGGGCUGUUGGUGAAGAGCAUUGAAGGGGAUCAGAGACUGGUGGAGCGAGCACAGCGCUUGGACCAGGAGCUUCUGCAGGCUCUGGAAAAGAAGAGGAACCCACAGGUGGUCCCAAGGGGCCCUCACCAUUGCCCCCACCAUGUGGUUCAGUGGGUUGACCCUACAACCCUGUGUGAAGAACUUCUGCUUCCCCUGGAGAAGCCACAGCACGGUGGUGGCACUCGCUUGCUGCUGACAGGUCUCCACGCCUGUGGGGACCUGAGUGUCGCCUUGCUGAGGCACUUCUGCUGCUGUCCUGAGGUGGCAGCUCUUGCCUCAGUGGGCUGCUGCUACAUGAAGCUCAGUGAGCCUGGUGGCUACCCGCUGAGUCAGUGGGUGGCGGGGCUGCCUGGUUGUGAACUGCCCUACAGGCUCCGGGAGGGGGCCUGCCAUGCCCUGGAGGACUAUGCUGAGCGGCUGCAGAAAGCUGGCCCAGGCCUCCGAACCCACUGCUACCGUGCAGCGCUGGAAACCGUCAUCCGACAUGCCCGGCCUGAGCUCCGUCGCCCAGGCGUACAGGGGAUCCCCAGGGUCCAUGAGCUCAAGAUUGAAGAAUAUGUGCAGCAGGGGCUACAGCGAGUGGGGCUGGACCCCCAGCUGCCGCUGAACCUGGCUGCCCUUCAGGCUCAUCAGGCCCAGGAGAACCGGGUGAUGGCCUUCUUUAGCCUGGCUCUCCUGCUUGCCCCACUGGUGGAGACACUGAUUCUGUUGGACCGGCUGCUUUACCUUCAGGAGCAAGGGUUCUAUGCUGAGCUCCUGCCCAUCUUCAGCCCUGAACUGUCCCCCAGAAACCUGGUUCUGGUGGCCACCAAGAUGCCCCUGGGUCAGGCCUUGUCUGCUCUGGAAACUGAAGACAGCUGACACAGCUCAAGGAAGAGGACAUCGAAGACCCCAUCUGAAACCACUAGGUGUAGGAGGGGCAGAGUGUACCUCCUCACCCAGAAAGCAGCAUCCUACACCCUCCCUCUCCUGCCAUGUGUUAUAUAAUGCUGUAUGAAUGUUUCCUUUCAAUUUAUUAAAACCAGAAGACUUUA